GUUAUAUUGUUUUAAUUCGAACUCAGGCUUUCCAAAAAGGCGCCAAUUUGGGCGCGAUCAUCACAUUUCCAUACCGCCCAUUGAAAAGGGCGCCAAAAUUUCAGAAGCUGCCAUUUCCUCUUUCCUUCUACACUUGAACCCUAAAAUUUCUCUUGCGGUUACUCACUUUGCUGUCCAGAUUUUGAAGCAGGACGAAGAAAUGAAGGGUGGGACGCUUCAGAUCAACUGGCACGACUCAAAGCCAGUGCUUACUCUAGAUUUCCAUCCACUUUCAGGUCUCCUCGCAACUGGCGGAGCCGAUUUCGAUAUCAAGCUUUGGCUAUUGAAUUCAGGGGAUGAACAGAAAAAGGUCCCUGGUGCUACGUAUCAAAGCAGCCUUUCUUAUCAUGGUUCUGCUGUUAAUAGCCUUCGCUUCUCACCUUCUGGAGAACAACUUGCCUCUGGUGCCGAUGGAGGUGAGCUUAUCAUAUGGAAAUUGCACCAUUCGGAAAGUGGCCAUUCUUGGAAAGUCCUGAAGACAUUAUCAUUUCACCGCAAGGAUGUACUGGACCUACAGUGGUCUCAUGAUGGUGCAUAUUUAAUAUCUGGUUCCGUAGAUAAUUCUUGCAUCAUAUGGGAUGUAAGCAAAGGGUCUGUCCAUCAGAUUUUAGAUGCCCAUUUGCACUAUGUUCAAGGUGUGGCAUUGGAUCCACUGGGAAACUAUGCUGCUUCUCUGAGUUCAGAUAGAAGUUGCAGAAUCUAUGCCUAUAAACCCCCGACCAAAGUGAAGAACAGUGAGAAAAUGACUUAUGUUUGUCAGCAUGUCAUUACUAAGGCAGAAAAUGUUGCAGUUGAUGAUUCUAAGUCUGCCAGAAACCAUCUCUUUCAUGACGAGACAUUGCCAUCUUUCUUCCGAAGGUUGGCCUGGUCACCUGAUGGAUCUUUCCUACUUGUGCCUGCAGGUAUUUGUAAAAUAUCACCAGCAUCUGAACCAGUAAAUACAGCCUAUAUAUUUUGUAGAAAGGAUCUCUCCAGGCCUGCUAUUCAGCUCCCUGGUGCCAGCAAGCCAGUUGUAGCAGUGUGCUUUUGUCCAAAGCUUUUUAGUCUUAGAGGAUUAAAUUCAGCUGGGUUCUUUAAGCUUCCACAUCGGGUGAUUUUUGCAGUAGUGACUUUAAAUUCUUUGUACAUAUAUGACACUGAAAGUGUUGUGCCACUAGCAAUCAUGGCUGGUCUUCACUAUGCUGCCAUAACGGAUGUUGCGUGGUCGGCAGAUGCUCAUUAUUUAGCACUAUCUUCUCAAGAUGGUUACUGCACUUUGGUGGAAUUUGAAAAUGACGAACUGGGAUCACCACUCACUCUAUCAGAAGAUAGAAUAGGCACAACAACCGACCAGAAGACGAAUUUAACAGAUGUGGUAACAAUAAAUGACGGUCAAAAUAGGAAAACAGAAGCAGAAGGGAGAUAUGAAGAAAAUGAAAGCGUUGAAAAAACAGAAAACAUGGUGAUUGAAAAACCUUCUAGUGGAGACAAUCUUGUUGAAUCUGACUGCAGAGGACAUGAAAUGGAAAAGGCAAGUAAACAAAUGUCUAUAAGCUCUUCAAGCAACUCUGUUACCAGCAAGCCAGCCAAAAGGCGCAUUACACCCAUGGCUAUUGAUCCAUGAGAGGUACAUUACCCUCUGUAUAUUCUCUUCAUCCCCACAGAUUUUGCUGAGUUAUUAAAAGCAUUUUGUUGGCGGUGCUUGAUCAAAUUUUGGUCACCGAUGUAGCUGAAAUGAUCAUUUUUACAAUGGUUGAUGUAUCAUCUUUAAUCUCAUUUUCCUGAUGAUAAAGAUUUCAAUGAUAUUUAGUUCUAUAAGCCUCUUCUUGAGAAGAGUUCUACGAUA